AUGGUCCGCGGAAACUGUCUUAUCGAAGAUUUAAAACUCUUAAUAAACAAUACUCAAUAUAGUGACUUGGAAAUUGAAUGUAAGGACGGCGUUGUUCUCCAUGGUAAUUGUGCAAUCUUCGCAGCUCGUUCCGAAGUGUUCAAUAGGAUGCUCUUUACCAGGGAGAACGAAGCACCUAACAAAAAAGUAUCAUUUCCAAAAAUUGAUGCUUCUAUUAUGAAAAUUAUAAUUGAAUACCUAUAUACUGGCACGAUCGCCGACGAAACAUUAGCGGCAGAUAACAUAUUUGAAGCUUUGGACGCCGCCGAUUUUUUCCAAUUAAAGAAUCUCCAGGAUCUUGUUUCCGACUUUUAUAUACAAAUAUGCAGGAAGGAAGGAAUUGAUAAUAAAUCUCCGGAACUAUUGUCAAAAGCAAUUCAACUUAUGUCUUCGUCAACUGAUAAUGGGGCCAUUAAUUUUUUGGUGGAUACAGUUGCUAGGAUUCCGUUAGAUACUAUUGGAUUUGAUCGAUUAUCCUUACAAGCAUUGCGAUGUUUAUUAUCCAAGUCAAAUGAUGAAACCAAAAUUUUCGCUACUAGCGAAUAUUCAGUGCUGCGGUUUGCAAUUUUAUUGGCCGCGAAGAACGUAUCACAAGAGGCCUUUUCCACCUUGGAAAAAAAGUUACCAUCAUGGAAAAAGAUCGAAGAUGGGUUUGACUUUAAUAACAACGGUAUACCUGAUAUCGAGGAUGUUUGUGCUUCUACGGCCAACAUCUUGGCACCCAUUAUCGAAUUCAUCGACCUUCGACGUAUUGACGGAAAAAUUCUCGUCGACAUUAUUGAACCGUUGAAUUUGAUUCCAUAUAAAAAUCUGGUGGCCGCUUAUCGUUUUUAUACUUAUGAAAAGAGAUAUCUUCCGCUUUGUCGUGGCAUUAAUUUUAAGUGGGACAAGCAUGGUUGCGGUCCAUCUUUAUCUAUCAGUUCCGACGGGUACAUGGUAUCUUACGACGGAAGAGGGG